CACGCAGGCGCACAUCGCGUUUGUCCCUGACCGCUUGCCGUAGUUAGCUGUUGUUAGCAUCGAGCUAGUUCAACCUGUAGCAGAACUCGUACCGUCCACGUGUUGACGUUACAUUUUCAAAAUGGCAACAGAAGCGAAACGAUUCAAGGUGGAUGAAGCCUCAGAGCUCGGUCCCCUGCAGAACUUUCUACAGUGGUGCAACACGGUCAACCUGGUGCUCAGUGAGAAGGUGUACGUGAGUAAAGAGGGGACAGUUGCAGAGUAUGGGAUGCUGGCUAAGGAAGACAUAGAAGAGGGGGAACUUUUAUUCACCAUCCCCAGAUCAGCUCUUCUCCACCAGGGAACCACCAAGGUCUCUGCUCUGCUGGAGAAAGAGAAGUUGUCUCUGGAGAGCUCUUCAGGCUGGGUUCCCCUGCUGCUGUCUCUGCUGUACGAGUACACGUCCUCACGGUCCCAGUGGAGACCCUACCUCUCUCUGUGGACGGACUUCAAGACACUGGACCACCCCAUGUUCUGGUCUAAAGUGGAGCGAGGACGAAUCCUGAAGGGGACCGGUGUCCCCGAGGCUGUGGACACAGACCUGACGAACAUCUGCAGCGAAUACACAGACGUGGUCCUGCCUUUCAUCGCCAAGCAUCCUGACCUCUGGAACCCCGGCACACACACACUGGAGCUGUACACACAGCUGGUGGCCUUUGUCAUGGCGUACAGUUUCCAAGAGCCUCAGGACGACGAGGAGGUGGGUGCUGAAGAGGAGGAUGAAGAAGAGGAGAAGGCCCCCAACCCACCGAUGAUGGUUCCCAUGGCUGACAUGUUAAACCAUGUGUCGAAUCAUAACGCCAAUCUGGAGUUCACACCGGACACUCUGAAAAUGGUUUGCGUUCGCCCCAUUCACAAAGGUGAGGAGGUGUUCAACACCUACGGGCAAAUGGCCAACUGGCAGCUGCUGCACAUGUACGGCUUCACAGAACCGUAUCCAAGCAACAGCAACGACACAGCCGACAUCCCCUUCAACAACCUCUACAAAGCGGCCACACGAGGGAUUCAGUCUGAUCCUGAUCUGCAGCUGAUGGAGGAGAUGUGGGACCUGUUGAGUCAGAUGAUGCAGGAGAAGGCAGCGUUUGUCUUUGGUAAACACGGCUGCCUCACGGACACAGAGCUGCACACGGCACUCAGGGUGCUGGGCAUGUCGAGGGAAGAGUUCUCCGAUUUCAAAGAAAACGAAGGGUGGGAGGAAGACGACGAGGAAGAGGAGAAGAUUACCCUGGCUUUCUCUAACGAGGGCCUCCCAGAGUUGAAGUCUUCGUGGAAGUGGCUGAUCCACGAAGCCGCCCGUCUCACUCUGGGCUCGUACGGAGACGCUGUGGCUGAGGGAAGAGCCUCGGUCAGCGAGCGGAUGCUGAUUGAGGACAAGGCAGCGCUCGGUGGACUGAACAGCCGGCAGCAGAACGCACUGCAGGUACGAUACGGACAGAAGAGCAUCCUGAACAAAGUGAUGGAGCUCACCCAGUCAUGAGUUCACAGACUCAAGCUUUUUUUUUAUCUCAACGCAAACUACAAGUACCUGUGAAAACAUGUCAAUAAAUUCUUUUUUUCAAGAAAA